AAUAAUUGGGAGUGUCACCGUUACAGCACUGUGGCACUAGCAUUAAUCUUCGUACAAUGCACUGUAGCACACAACAAAGGAAUUGGAACCUACUUCAGCCCUUUAUCGAGAACGUUCUUUCUUUUGCUUGCAUGUUAAAAAAAUAAAAAAUGCUUCACGAUGCGCCCCAUGUUUCAAAAUCGACUUCACCCACACAAGGCAUCAUACUCGUGAUCCAGCUUUACCCUCACAACAAUACCGUACACCAACAGYCCGUGCACUACUGAGACAUCGAAAUCGAACCAGUUGAUUUCCUGUCUAAAGAAGCGAAUGAUUAGUUCAAUGCCAAAAGGCAUGGCGUGCGAUAGCGACAGCGUCUCCGAUGAAUCCUCUAAAGUACGARCAUGGUGCGAAAACGAAGGGAGCAUGUUCAACAUCGUCGGCUCCAACCCCGAUUGGAGCUCGGAUCGCCGUGACACAAUCAAGUGGAUCAUGAAGGAAAAGAAAAAGCGAGACCGAUACCCUCUUUCGAAAGACAUUUACGCUUUCUUUUUCGUGGCCCCGGUUUUCAGCGUCGAAUAUUUCUUCUCCCUCUACGUAGUCGCCCUCAAGUACACCGUCUUCGCGAUCCUCGCGACAGACAUUCGGUUCGAUGCCAUUCACGAUGAGAACAAGGGAGCAACGGCGGCCAAGUUCUUUCUGAUUCCGGUUGCAAUUGCCAUGCAAGACGAUCUGAUCAACAGCUACUUUUUCUUUGGAAACGCUAUCUAUUGCAAUUCAGCACUUGCUUUCAGCAAGCACGCGACUAAAAAAAAACUCGCCUUCAGCUUUCUGUUGAGAACAGUCGAUGGCUUCUUUAGCCUUGCCGUAAAUUUUGGCGUAAUGGUAACGACUGACACGACCCUCGGGGUCUUUCUAAACUUUGCUGCCCUGAGCUUUUUGCAGUCGAUCGACGACGUAUUUUACGAACUGGUGAUGCUGGGAUUUUUUGGUGACAGGAUGGAACACAUGGCAUCUGUCUGUGCCGAAAUCACUUUUCGCCGUCGGUCUGGAAACGACAAUAAUAAAAUAUGUGGCUUGCUGCGGAUCAGCCAUCUUGACACGAUCCUUUUUUUGGUUACCUUGUUGAUAUGCCUCGUGAUCUAUAUCUACAUGACGCUUCGCAUAUACGGCUACUUCGACGAAGAUCCCCCCGACGUUACCAAAUCGACCAACAAGACCAUCUUGUUAUAUUAGACCUUUCAGUAUGAACCUAUUCGAAACUAAAACACGAGACCAACC